AUGCCACCCACCACCACCUCUAAAAUGAAAGCCAGGGAGCAGGUGGAGGCAUGGGACCAUGUGGCGCACCGAGACCCCCAGAAUGCACUGAGGCUUGGAGUGAUAUUUGCCUCCCUCCCACGGAUCGGACGCUACUGCCAUCGACUAACAAAUGGAUUACUAGCUUCCCAGCUGGUGUGCAAGGCUCCCACGUCUCCAAAGCAGAAGUGCACUCAGGGGGAGCAGGGGGCGAUGCUGGUGGUGUGUGCAUCAGUUCAUCUGAAAGCCGAUCAGGAGCAGGUCACGGGCAUGGAGAGCCAAUCAGCUCUCCUCCCUGCAGUGUACACUGUCACGGGCAGCCCGCCAUCUUUCCUGGUCUUGACCUGGACCUCCAGCAACUCCACGGUCAUUGUGAACACAGUCAGAUUCACUGCAGGGAGGGUGGCCAUAAAGGAGAACAAGGAGUUUGUCCCUCUGCACUACAAGGAAAGAGUGCACAUAUAUCCAGCAAACGGGUCCCUCCUCCUCCGUAACAUCACCCAGGAAGAUGCUGGAGUCUACACCCUCACUGUCAAAGACUCCAGCACUGGCAUGGAGCAAACCGCUGCAGUCAAAUUAACCAUCUUACCAAAUGAAGGGCUCAUGGAGUUUUUCCCAGACUCUUACCGGGACAACAUUUCCACUGUCACCAAUCUGUCGGCGUGUAACCACACCCUGUCGCAUGGAAACCCUGUUGUCCUAGCAAUUGUCCUGCGCACCUCCUCGCUGGGCAUCUCCGCCCUCAUCCUGACGUCCAUCUGCCUGAUCGCUAAGGCGAUGUCCUACAGGGAGGUGGAUCUCUUUUAG